AUGCGCAUUAUGCAUUAGCUGCCACUACAGCUAACAUGAAGAAUGAGAAAGCAGCGAGUGUUCUCGGACAGUAAAAGUCAUAUUUUAAUGUGUGUGUUUUAGCUGCUCAGAGCUGACACUCUGAGAAUAUAGAUAAUGUUAUAGUUUCCGCUGUAUUAUUCUGUCUAUGUGUGUGUUUUUCGUGAACUAUCUUGGUCUUGUAUGGUCUUUGCUGAAUCACGUGACUGAGUCUCUCCACUCGGUCACCUGACCUCAGAAAGAUGGCGGCUCACCUCUCCUACGGAAGAGUGAAUUUAAACAUUUUAAGAGAAGCAGCGAGAAAAGAGCUUCGAGAGUUUUUGGACAAAUGUGCAGGGAGUAAGGUAAAGAAGAGGAGAAAUGGACAAGUUUAAUGUUUUAUUAUUUUAUAACAGUUUAGUUGGUAUGGAGCUGUCUGUCUGCGCUGACACACAGAUAUACUGAAUAAAAACAUACAGUUUUAAUGUCAUUCUGUCUAUAAAGAUCACCGUAUAAACCGUCAGCUCAUGACUUAAUCAGACUUAUUUCUCCUUUUUCAGGCCAUAGUCUGGGAUGAGUAUUUAACAGGACCUUUUGGACUGAUCGCUCAGUAUUCUUUAUUAAAGGUAAGAACUUAUUUAAUAUCAGAGAUUAUGUUUAAUUUAAAGGCAGAAGUUUGAUCUUAUUUAAUCAUCAUUACUUAGGAAAAAUAAUCAGUUAACGAGGUGAUACAGCAGGAUCACGGGAGAGCUAAUCUUUGGAGAAAAAUAAGUGAUUUUUGUUUCUGAAACACAGAUAAAUAUCUUAUUCAGUCAGGAAAAUUUAGCUUUUUUAUUCACCUACAAUGCUUUAAUAAUUCUAAGACUAUUUUUACAGUAAUGUAUGAAAAUAUUGUAAGUCUAAGAUAAUUAUCUCAUUCAUUAGUAAUAACUAUAAUAACUUUAUUUAUGUAGCACCUUUAAAAAACAAGAGCUUACAGAGUUCUUUAACAUGCAGGAAAACAAAGAAAAUAAAAACAACAGAACAAGAGAACACUCAGAGGAAAUGAUGCGUUACUGGCAUUAAAGAAAUAAAAUGUAAAAAAUAUAUAAUUUUUAUCCAUGCAGUUUUUAAUGAGUCUGUGGUAAUUACCUCAUUAAUUAAACAACACACAGCUGGUCAUUUCCCUUUAAAUUUUAUACAACACUCCACCAAAGAGUUGUAUUUAAUGAAGAAAGAAUUUUCUCAGUUUUUCCAAAUUUAUGAGGUAAUUAUUUUUAAAAUUUUGGCUCCUAAUAAAAAAUCUAACCCUGUUUUCUGCAGUUAUUAAAUAAUUACCAUAUUAAUUCAGAUUUUUAUUUAUUUAUAAUUUUUUCCUGUAAUCCUGAAACAAUCGUCUCCUUUAUUCAGAAGAACAGAGCUGAUAGUUUUUCUGGCGUUGAUGAUGUUUACUUCAGUAUGUCACUAACACAAAUAUAAACCCUCCUCUUAUAAUGCAUCAGAAGCACAUUUAUAAAACCUUAUGACUGAUAAUAAUCAUUCCUAACAGCUUAUAGCAAAGUUUAUGAAGUGUUAUAAACACUUUUUCAUGAUACUUUAUAAACGUAUGAUUUAUAAUGUAACCAGGAACAUGAAGUGGAGAAGAUGUUCACCCUCAAGAACGGCCGGCUUCCCUCCGCCGACGUGAAAAAUAUCAUCUUCUUUGUGCGUCCGAGACUGGAGCUCAUGGACAUCAUCGCUGAGAACGUGUUCAGGUCAGUUUAUGUUUUUACAUCCCUCUGUCCUUUUUUCUAAGCUGCCCACAGUAUCGAACUCCUCUUUUCUGGCUGUUUGUCUUCUAGUGAGGACAAGAUGCACUCAGCGAGAGACUUCCACAUCCUGUUUGUUCCUCGACGGAGCAUGCUGUGUGAGCAGAGGCUGAAGGAGCAGGGCGUGUUAGCCUCCUUCAUCAACAUUGACGAGUACAUCCUGGACCUGAUCCCCUAUGACGGGGACCUGCUCUCCAUGGAGUAUGAAAGUGCUUUUAGGGUACGUUUGAUUUGUCCACCUCGUACUCUGAUGCUUCAGUUAUAAAGUUACAAACACCUCGGCCUGUCGUGUUUUUCUUUUUUAACCCCAGUCCAGUCGGUUCUUAAAAACAGAUUUUAAUGGUUGAAAAAUCAUUUAUGAUUCGCUCCAGGUUCAUGAUUCUCACUAACCCUCUGGAGACCUUAGUGAACCCAGCAGACCAGGUUCUGGAGUCUGACAGUCAAAUAUGGUCCCAGUCUUUGUCUUGUUCUGGUGUCAUGAUGCUCCAAGAGUUUUCAAUAUAUUGUUCAGCAUUAAUGAAGCCUUCACAGAUGUGGAAGAUACCCAGGACAUGGACUCUGGUGAUCCCCAGACCAUCAGGGAUGCUGGACUAGCAGCUGAGAACAAGCCGGGUGGACCCUCUAACUCUUUAGAGAGGAGGAUGCAGCAUCUAUGAUUUCCAGUUCUUCGUUAACUCUGGAGUGACUCCCACUCCAGAGUCCUGUCUGUUUUUAAAGCCCUGAAGAUCAGGACCAUCACUCCUGGUUCUGGUCCUUGUCCCCCUUUAGUACGGAGAUUUCUCCAGAUCCUCUGUAGAUGAUAAAAUCCACUUAUUCUGAAACUGUUGGUCUGUUCGCUCACACAGUCUCUCACAGAAUCCUGAACCUCUUCCAUCUUCGCCUGGAUAGCAGAUAUUUUUAUAUGAAACAAUAAACUUUAAUAUUUGAUAUCUUUGUAUUAUUUCAGUGAAAUGAGGUUUUGAAUAAUUGUCAGUCCAUUGAACUCAGAUCUUAUUCACACUGCUGCAGCGUCUCUCACGCUGAUGAAGAUGUUUUCUGUUUUUCAGGAGUGCUACUUAGAAAACGACCAAACGAGUCUUUACCACACGGCCAAAGGCCUCAUGACUCUCCAGGCUCUUUACGGCACCAUCCCACAGAUCUAUGGGAAAGGAGACUGUGCUCGGGUGAGUCCGGCGGCAGGAGAACUGAGGAUUAUGAAGUAGAGAGAACCUGUUUCCAUGCACAGAUGAUGGUGAGAGAGUGAAUCAGUGUCUGAGGAGCGUCUGCUUGUUUCUGCAGCAUGUGGCCAACAUGAUGUUGAGGAUGAAGAGGGAGUUCGCAGGCAUCCAGAACCAGAUCCUCCCUGUGUUUGACACUCUGCUCCUCCUGGACCGUAACGUGGACCUUCUCACCCCGUUGGCCACACAGCUCACCUACGAGGGUCUGAUUGAUGAGAUCUAUGGAAUCACUAACGGUCCGUAAACAUUUAAAACCUCCGGACUGUAAAUGUUAAACCAACGUUCCUGCUUUAGUUCUGGUGUUUGUGAGUGUCCCAGUUCUCCGUUCGACCCCUCUCUCACAGGUUACGUGAAGUUGCCUCCUGAGAAGUUUGCUCAGAAGAAACAAGGAGAGGCGAGCAAAGAUUUACCCACAGAGCCCAAGAAGUUACAGCUGAACUCUGCAGAGGAGCUCUACGCAGAAAUACGAGACAAGAAUUUCAACGCUGUGGGCGCCGCGCUCAGCAAGAAGGCCAAAAUCAUCUCUGCCGCCUUCGAGGUGAGUUUGAUUUCCACGUAUGUUUGAACUGAGGAAGAGAAGGUCUGGGCUGGACUACAGCUGCAGGUUACGUUGAUUUUCUGUUUCUCUAAAAUGUUUCUGUCUAAGUUUCUGCGGCUGUUCUUGGAUCAUGAUGUUGAUGGAUCAUGACUCCACAGACGUUCAGGAUCCUGUUUGUUUUUACCUGAAUGUCUCAGAUUUGAUAAAUACUAAAAAAACACACGUCUGUUUUAUCGUCUCUGUUCAGCGUUUGACCAAGUUUACCGAGAUUAAAACUGACUCAGGAGGAGGGUUGAGGUUUUCGAGGUUCACCAAAGUCACGGUCUGAGAACAUCUUCCACAGAGCUUCACUUCAUCGUUCUUGGUCACAAUAAAUGAUGUGUGAAAAUAAAUCUGAGUGUUCCGUGGAAAUGUGAGGUUUGUUGGUUUUACCAGAGGCUGAGACAUGAAUAUUAAUAAUAACUGUAUUUAUGCAGCUUUAAUGCAGAGAGCAGAAACACAUCUGCUGUUCAGAGAUCCAGGAGAUCCAGGAGAUCCAGGAGAAGGUGACUCCACACUUCAGGAGCACAAAAACUAAAAGCUGCUUCAGAUGAAUUCUCAGGGGAAGAGCUGAGAGCUGGAGCGGGUCAGAAAGUGACAGACAGUCAGUGAUAGAAGAAGAGAGUUGAUUUUGGGACGCCUCGUAAAUUCACUUCAGAUCAGUCCUGAUAGAAACAGAGUCCAGACUAUAGAGCAGUGAGUCAAACUGGGAUUCAGUGAAACCAGGACUCAGAGCCGUCACACGGUCAGAACCUCAAACCUCGAACCCAGACCUGAUACCAAAUCUGUUUGUUUCCCUCGUCUUCCAGGAGCGCCAUAACGCCAAAACGGUGGGAGAAAUAAAGCAGUUUGUGUCUCAGCUGCCUCACAUGCAGGCGGCUCGGAGCUCUCUGGCGAACCACACCUCCAUCGCUGAGCUGAUUAAAGACAUCACCAGUGAGUCCGAACCCUCCGAACUGAGGGGCCGCACCUUCAGCUGAUUUCACCCUCUUCUUCUUCACUAAAGUGACAGUUUCACAGAGUUUCCUCCUGGACUGUUGUGUUCUCGAUCAGCCUGAUGAAGCACAUGUUUGAUUGAUUAUAGAUAUUAAAAGGGUUUAAUGAGAACCUUCACAGAUAUUAAAUAGCGUGUAAAUCUGUCUGAUGAAUCUAAGAGCCUCUCGUGUCUCCUCCUCCAGCGUCUGAGGCCUUCUUCGAUAACCUGACGGUGGAGCAGGAGUUCAUGACCGGAGUCGACACAGAUAAGGUUUUUAUUCAUCUAAAGAUCAUGAAGAAAACCUGAACUCUGUGUUUGUUUCUGAGACAGUUUCUUCUGACCCCCCAGGUGAACACGUACAUCGAGGACUGUAUCGCCCAGAGGGAUCCUCUGAUUAAGAUCCUGCGUCUGGUGUGUAUGCAGUCCGUCUGCAACAACGGCCUCAAACAGAAAGUGUUCGACUACUACAAACGAGAGAUUCUGCAGGUACGGUCUGAACUCCACAGUCUGAACAGGCCGGGUACGGAGCCUGGUGGGUCACCGUCAGCUCCACCCCUGCUCAGAUAGAAACGUGGCGUUUGCACCUGAACCUAAACUCAGAGUCACUUUGCUCCUGUAGGAGGAGGCGGGGUUUAAAAGCUCCGUCCUUCAGGUGAGCAGCAGCUGUGGAGGUGAAGCUGCAGCUCCAUCCUGCUCAGAGUCAAACCUCAGAGUCGUUUUUAAAGUGUCGGGGUCCUCUGGGGGUCAAAGUUCAUCUGUCUUUGAUUAAAUGAAACGAUGACGUUCAGUCUCUGUCUCCUUGUUCUGUUUAGACCUACGGUUAUGAACACAUGCUGACUCUGAACAACCUGGAGAAAGGGGGUCUUCUGAAGCCCCAGACCAGCUCCAGGAACAACUACCCCACCAUCAGAAAAACCCUCAAACUGUGGAUGGAGGACGCCAACGAGCAGGUGAGCAGGAAGACGAUUGAGCUGAGAGGACGUCUGAGGAGGGAGCUGCUGCUUUUCUGACCUCUUUGACCUUCUGAUUCCUGCAGAACCCCAACGACAUCUCCUACGUGUACAGCGGCUACGCUCCUCUCAGCAUCCGGCUGACCCAGGUCUUGGCCCGACCCGGGUGGCGCAGCAUCGAGGAGGUGCUGAAGAUGCUCCCGGGUCCUCACUUUGAGGAGAGACAGCAGCUUCCUGCAGGCCUUCAUAAGAAACGUAAGGAGCGGCGUGCAGACGCCUGUUUGUCCUGCUGCUGCUGCUGCGUGGAGAUAAGAGUCGGGCUUUGUUUCUGCCGUGUUUGUCGCUGAGCGGCGGCAGAUUGAUGAUACUAAACUGACAGAAACACAGAGGCUGUGUGUGUGUGUGUGUGUGUGUGUGUGUGUGUGUGUGAGACAAAGCGUGAUAAAAACACGCCGUCAGUGUUGGCAGUAAUGAGUGUCAGACCGAUCUGAACAAUGAAUCUGAUCAAACGCUCCGUUUGAAACCUGCUAAUUAUUCUGGAUCUGGACCUGUGUCUACAUGUCUGCUUCAAUUCAAUCUAAAAGGUGAUAAUAGAGGACAGACCGCGGGGAGGAGCAUGAUGGGAAAUGAAUGUUUUCACAUUUCAAUCAGCUGAUGGAGCAGAUGGGACGCGGCCUCCUUUACGUUCAGACAAACUAAAGUCAGCAGUAAGAGAAGAUCACAUGACAGUGAUUUAAGGGUCUCUGCGUCGGCUCCCCGUCUCUUUUAGAAUCGAUUUUAAGUUUGUUUUAUUGGUUUUUAAAGCUCUUAUUUAUCAUAUGAGUCAGGCAGAGUCCUCAAGAAGUUCUCUGUUAACAUUAUUACCUAAAGUGAAAACUACAACAUACGGUGAGACAUCUUCUUAUCACUAUGGUCCCCGUCUGUGGAACAGCUGACCUGAAGAUCUGAGUAAACUGAAAACAUACUGAACCUGAUUCAGUCUGACUUUUAACUCCAUUUUAUAUCAUUAACUUUGAGUGUUUUAAUAUUUAUCUCUUUCUAGUUUUAAUAACAGGAUCGUCUUUUAUUGAUCUGUUUUGAUCUUAUUUUAGUGUCUUUUACUUUUGUUUUUAUUUCAUUUUAUUGAUUAUUUCUUAAAUUUCAUUCUUUGUUUCUUUGUUUUUAGAUUUUAAACCUCCAGUGUUUCUUUAUCUUGAGUUUUAAAACGGUGUUUCCUCACAUUAAAACCCUUUUUAAGUUCAUGUAUUUUAAUCCUGUUUCUGUUCAGAUGGUGGACUGAGCGGUCGGGUUUGGGGAACAUUUGGGUUUUAUUUGUUUCUUUUAUUCCCUUUUCUGUGUAAAACACUUUGUGAUACACGGUCAUGUAUGAAAAGUGCUAUAUAAGUAAAGACUGAUUGAUUGAUUGAUUAAUUGAUUGAUUCUUUACUCUGACAUGGUAAUCAGUUUCAGCAGCUUCAUCGUCUCCAUCUUGGUUCUGUUCUUCAGGUCAGCAGGGGGAGAACCGGACCACGCUGGUGUUCUUCCUGGGUGGGGUGACGUACGCAGAAAUCGCCGCUCUCCGCUUCCUCUCUCAGAUGGAGGACAGCGGCAUGGAGUACAUCAUCGCCACCACAAAGCUCAUCAACGGCACCACCUGGGUCAAAUCCCUCAUGGACCGACUGGAGUCUCAGACGCCCUGAGGAGUCACCUGCGUGCACACCUGCAGGAUCAAACGGGCCGUCCAUCAGAACCUCUCAGCUGCUGCAGGUGUUUGAUUGAUGUUUGACUCUGAAGAGCUCACCUGUGGACUCCUCGCUGUGAACACAUGAAUGUUCACGCUCACUGUUACACCCUCUGACCAUCCUGGAGAGGUUUCCUUUAUUUGAAAUCACACCUGUCAUUGAUCAUUUGUAAGUUAUUGAUCAGAUAUUUGAUGCUGAAGUUCACUUGAUGAUCUGCAUGAUGAUAUUUGAGCAUUUCUGCAGAUGUUUGAAUCAGCCUUAAAUUAUAUAUGAAACAGUAGGUGUAAAAAAACAUGAUAUAGGGGGCGCUGUGGCGGACAGGUCUGACAUAAAUCUUGUAAUUUUUUUGCUUCGGGCUGAAAUUGAAUGUUAAACCUCGUUAAACGUCGCUCUCUGGCACCUCUAGUGGUCAUAAUCUCCACAGCAGGCCUGUCAUUGGCCUCCAGAUCUUCAUGUUUCACACUGAUCCUGUUCAAGAGUUCAUUCCUUUUUUAAUGCCUCAUGUCUCUCCAUGAGAAGGUGUUCAUCUGUGUUUACAUGAAAAAUUUCUUUUUGUAAAAAAACUUAAUUUUUGUAGGUUUUUCUCCAGUUUCUGUUUGGUUCUGCUUCGUCUGUUCUGGGCCUUAAAUAAAGUCCUCUCUGCUGUGACAGAAACCAGCCUGGACUCUCUCUGACAGGCUGGGAGCCUUUUCUCUUUCUGUUUGGUGGAUUAUUUCCAGACAGAAGCUGAUUGUGGACGUGGAGAGCGGAUGAGAAGCAGAUAUGGGAGUGUAUCCGUCAGCAGAGAUCCAGCUCUCUGAAGGAGCAAUUAGCAGAGUAACAGGCCCCCUGAUCAGCCGGUAAUGGCCCUGUACUGUCUGGAGAGCUCAGCCCGCAGCAGCCCAGAUUUGACAGCACAUGACACUGAUUGAAUUAGGAGGCCAUUUGCUCCAUGUUCCGGGAGAGGAUGAGCGUGCUGCAGGAGGGUGUUUGAUCGGUGUUUCGGUCAAUAUCAGCUCCGUGCCUUACACUCCGAACACAGGGAGACCUGCUGACUGAUCUCUGAGGCUCCGAGAACCAGCCUGGGUAAAUAUAAGGACGCUGGUUUCCUCCAUGCUGGUUUUCUGGAAUUGAACAGAUUUGAUUCAGUUCAUUAGAAAUUAUUUUAGAUUGUGUUUCUAACAUCAGAGUGUUUGAGGAGCAGGUGUGCUGCAGACUUAAACCCCCCAUUAGGUGGACCUCAGGGGACUCAGAUCCCUGUGAUCAGUUCUUCCUCUUGGCUCCUCCUCUGCAAUAAGAGCUUCAAAAGCUCAGGGCGGCUCACAGCUCCUCGGACUUCAGGGCUGGAGGCACAAGGGUCCACUUCCUGAUCAGGUCCUGCCCCGCAGCAGCAAAACUAAGGUACGACUUUUCAUUUAUUCAUGCAUGUUUUAUCCUCGUCUGUUUCACCUUCAACCUGAUUCUUUCAGUCAACCUGUCACUGACUGUUUAUUUCAUGACUUAUUCUGAGGAUAGACGAACUUCUUUAAACAACUUCUUCACAGAUACAUUCAGCAUGUCUCCAAAUAUCAACAGUUUCAAAAGUUCGAUGUCCUGAAAGGUGAGUGAGGGACAGACUGGCUGUUGUUUGUACAAACAGAUCAAUACUGGAUCCAUUUAAAGCUAUUUACAGAUAAAUUAUUCACAGUGCUCUUUUAUAACUGCAGCCGCUACCAGACAAAACAGCAAAUCAAUCUGCCGCACUUUUGCAUCCAAACUUGUAUGUUUUUAAUAAUGCAUGAACCUCAGGACAUAAUCUUUAUGACAGAGAGCAGAUCCAGGACGCCUGAACUCCUUUUGUCUCUGCUGUCGUGUUUUUGCAUCUCUGUGGUUUUACAGACUUUCAGGAGAACCUGGUCUGAGUCUGAUGAAGUCUGUCUGUAGUAUCUGACAGAUGUUUGUGUUUGCAGAAUGGGUCGAGGUGAGAACAUGGGGUAUUUGACUCAACCUGGCGGCAGGCAGAAGAAGCAGCAGUUUCAUCUGGAUGUGGACGUAGAGCCCUUGUUUAUCCGCUUCCUCCGGACUUUCAAAGAAAUCCUCAAAUUUGUUCUCUUCAGCUACACAGUGCUGUUUGGGGCUUUGCUGCUCGCCAGAUGGACCACUUACUUCAUGGUGGGAAAAUAAAUCGACCGCUGAGGAAGAGGCUGGAGCUCAUUAAUGACAGAGAUCAGGCAGACUUGUUGGGACUUGUGGUCUAUGCAGCUCCUAUGAAUCAUUAAUGUCUCCAAACACAAAUAUAAAAGCUGGAGUAUAAAAGCUUGCUCUGCAAUUCAAUCAAGUCCUGCCGCAGAAAUAACAGCGUUUGUGUGUGUGUGUAUUUUUUACAGUGUAGCACAAAUAUGGUGCAAAACUCCACAGUGAAACAUAUUUGCAUCAGAUCUUUGCAGAAAGUGCUUUAGUGUUCACAGAAGAUGUUAAAAACCUGUUAGUGAAUAAAACUGUAAACAGUUUUCUAAAGUGUUGGUCAGCUGUUUCUGUGGUACACUGACGAUUACUCCUUAAAUCAAAGUAAAACACAGAUUUCCCAUCAUCAGGGAGAGAUUGUGGAUAAACUACUGAAGGAUUAAGAGACCCUCAGAGAGCCUGGUGGUCCCAGAUUCACUGUAUCUAAUGUUUCACUGUUGUUAGAACGAUGACUCUAAGAUAAAGGAUGAUCAAAGCUGUACUGACGGGUGUAAUGUUGACGGGAAUUUACAGCCAAAGCACAAAUAAACAGAAAUGGGAUCACCUAAACUAAGGAGUCUUAUGUGUCAGUCUAUUAUGUCAGUCUACAUUUUUGUUUCAAGGGCUUUAUUUUAUUUUAUUCUUGUAUUUUGUGGUUCAUGUGUACAUUUCUGAUAAAAUCUGUGUUUGGUCAGCUGAGAAGAGAAGGGGGUGUUUCUGAUAACAAUGAGAGGUGUCUUAAAUCUUCAUGUCUUAUGGUCAUCAUGUUGUUUAUUCUGCAUCAGGGUCACUGUGAAUCUUGUAAGAAAUAAAAACCAGUUUUUCUUAAUAAGUGAAAA